CAGGCCUCGCGGGUGACUUCCGGUGAGUGUUGCGUGGCUGUAAGCAACUCUGAUUGAGUCCAGCUUUUGCAGCAGCGAACAGACAGACGCUCGUCUCACUGCCGCAGAACCAAAUGAACGCCCUCAUUUCCUUUACCUCCAGACAUGACAGCACUGAAAUGAUGCAGUAUUUAGACAUCCCAUCCUCACAAAACAUGGACACCGUUCAGGGGAGAAUAUUAAAGGAGUGAAUAGCUGUUACCGACGGCGCUAUUUUAUACUGAACCGGAUCGUUAGCUUAGCUGGCUAGCAGAUAGAUUUUCAGUCUCUGCUGCUGGGUGGUGUUGCCCGAGGCCGGACACCAGCGAUGGGAAUCAUUUUCACAAAAUUAUGGAGGCUUUUUAACCACCAAGAGCACAAAGUCAUUAUUGUUGGGCUGGACAAUGCAGGAAAGACCACCAUACUUUAUCAGUUCUCUAUGAAUGAGGUGGUGCACACUUCACCCACCAUAGGCAGCAAUGUGGAAGAGAUUGUGGUCAAUAAUACACAUUUCCUUAUGUGGGACAUUGGAGGACAGGAAUCCCUACGCUCCUCUUGGAACACUUACUACACUAACACAGAGUUUGUGAUCGUGGUCGUGGAUAGCACGGACAGAGAGAGAAUCUCAGUGACCAGAGAGGAGCUCUACAGGAUGUUAGCCCAUGAGGAUCUGAAAAAAGCUGGUUUGUUGAUUUUCGCCAACAAGCAAGAUGUGAAGGGUUGUAUGACUGUUGCUGAGAUUUCCCAGAGUCUUCAGCUUACCUCUGUCAAAGACCAUCAGUGGCACAUCCAGGCCUGCUGUGCCCUCACUGGAGAAGGGCUCUGCCAGGGUCUAGAAUGGAUGAUGUCACGGCUGCGAGUAAGAUGACCUCUGACCUCAGAUAGCAGUGUGCUCUCUCUAUCUUUCCCGCCGGACGUGGAGGCCGGGUGUCGCUCACUGUGAAGGUGACCCAGUGGCGUCACCAGAACUUGUUUGAUUAAUUUAUUCCAGAUUAUUGAGACCUGUGAACAAACAAUCUGCAACUAACUAACUAAAAAAAGUCAGGACUUGCGAGACAGCAUAAAGUCAGUGUUUUUCUGCGUGAAUGGCCGUUGAAAGAGUAACGGGGGUUGCACAGACCUUGGACUAAGAGGACUCAUCUCUACCUGGAGUGGCCUCGCUGCUUUGCCCAGCUACCUGACAUGGUGUUGCCCAGUGUGUACAGUCCAGUAUUUUCAUUAACCUUGUGCCUGCACCUGACUCUCUGUCUCCUCUGGACUGAGGAGACAUAUUACCAUGCAAGAAGAGACUGCACUUAUGUAAAAUACAACUAAAUAAAGUGUUUUUAUCUGUCAUGA